AUGGCCUCACUCCUAACAAACACUGUGCCCUGGCACGAGGGUGAGAAGAAAUUACACGACUGGCUUCGAGUCCCCCACGGCGACAACCCAACUGCCCCGUACCUGAGCCCGAGAGCUGCAUUUCUUGUUCAACAAUCCCCGCUGCUUGCCCUGGGUACAUUGGAUAGCCAAGGGCGGCCAUGGUCAACGAUAUGGGGCGGCACAGCGGGCUUUGCAAGGCCGGUUGCCGAAUCGCAUAUUGAUCUUCGGACACAAGUGGACAGCAAAUACGACCCGGUGGUACAGGCACUAUUGACCGGCAACCAAACUGAUGCAUACAUAGGAAAAAUGGUCUCGGGGCUGGCAGUCGACUUGGAGAACCGCCAGAGAGUAAAGCUGUAUGGCAGGAUGGUGGCGGGCUCAUUGUCCGAUGGAGAUGCAGGAGAUGCACAGUUGGUCGUCCACAUUGAAGAGAGCCUUGGGAACUGCCCCAAAUACAUGAAUAAGAGGCAUAUUGUGCCUGCACUGGCUGAUUCCAAGCUGAUAUCUGACUCACCACAAUUGAGUCCUGCUGCAGUUGAGCUGCUCUCUCGUGCGGAUACUAUGUUUGUAUCUUCGUCUCAUGGAGCAUCAACCAUGGAUACAAAUAUUCGUGGUGGCCCGCCGGGAUUUAUUCGUGUUGAAUCCAACAAUGCUAGCGGUGCUGUUCUUGUUUAUCCCGAGUACUCGGGGAAUAGACACUACCAAACGCUGGGGAAUCUAGAAACCACCCCGCUGGCUGGGUUUGUCGUUCCCGACUUUGAUAGCGGCAAUGUCCUGUACUUCACUGGAUCGACCGAGAUUCUAGCUGGGAAAGACGCGGCUGCCAUUCUACCAAGAUCGAAUCUCGCCGUGCGAGUCACUAUUUCUGCUGCAAUCUUUGUUGAGAAUGGAUUGGGCUUUCGUGGCGAGGCUGGAGACCCUUCUCCAUACAACCCUAGCGUGCGAUAUCUCAUCAAUGAGAAACAACUACCUGGCGCCCAAGACGACAGUGGGUCAGACGCAACGGCGACAUUAAUAAAAAAGGAAGACAUUACACCAUCCAUCCAACGGUUUCGAUUCCGCAUCUCCGGACGCAAACCAAUUUCAUGGAGUGCGGGACAGUAUGUCACACUGUCCUUUGAAGACGAGCUGAACAUGGGCUAUAGCCACAUGCGAGAUGACGAUCCAACCAGUCUAAACGAUGACUACGUUCGAACCUUUACCGUGUCUUCGUACCCGGGCCGCGAUAUACCCGCUGAUCAAUUCGAGAUCAUGGUCCGACGGCAUGGUCCCGUUACACGAUAUCUCUCUCGAGUAAAUGAACGAGCCGGCCUAGAAGUACCUCUCAAAGGAUUUGGGGGAAACUUCCAUAUAUCCACCAAGUCGAUUGCCCCUUACGUGGCGGGUGGAAUUGGCAUCACACCUCUUCUCGCACAGCUUCCAGAAUUGGAUAGCUCCCAGCUGCGAUUAUUCUGGUCAAUCUCGAUGCAUGAUCUAGGGCUGGUACAUGAUGUUUUCCAGCGGUGGCCACAGUUGCCCCUGUCAACGACUUUGUUUAUCACGAAUGUGGAUCUUGAUGGAGCCGAUCGGCAGAUGUGGGACAGCAUCCAGUCGUCUGGGGUGGAAAUGAUACGACGAAGGAUGCAGGCCGAGGACCUAGACCGUGCGCUAGCAGAGGUAUGGUACGUAUGCGCUGGUGUUGGGUUGAAGCAGAUGGUUCUAAAUUGGCUGGAUGGGAAAACACUGGUAUAUGAGGAUUUCAACUAUUAA